AUGCAAAUGCCACCUCCACCACCUUCAUCAUCGCCCGACGGUGGUUAUUUAGGCAUUCCGGCUAUGUCAUCUCGUUUGAAAGCUCUUGAGGAGAAAAUUCUACGUCAAUUCGCUCCAGUUGAAACGGAAACACCGCCGACAACUAAUCGAAUUACAAGUCGACCUAUGAAUGCACAACCGCGACUGCUGCCAACCAGUUUAAAUGCUUCCUCAUCGUCUCGUGCUAGUUCAGCCCCACCUAUACGUAAAGGUGGUUUUCAAUUGCCACUAUCACCACUUCAACCAUCUACAAAUAAUACCAGUGAAAAUACGCAAGCUAAAUACCAAGAGGUGCUCAAAAAUUCGGGUUUAUUGCAUAUAAACGGCGAACAAAAACGAGUCGAACUUAAAGAACUAUUAAAUGUAUCUCUUCUUGGUUUUGGUUCAUGCGGACAAGUCUUUAAAAUGGAACAUGUACCAAGUAAAACAGAACUUGCUGUUAAAAUUAUGCAUAGAACUGCAUCUGAUGAAGAAAAUAAAAGAAUUAUCAUGGAUUUAGAUGUUAUUAUUAAAAGUUACAAUUUUCCGUAUAUUGUUAGAUGUGUCGGCUAUUUUAUUAAUGCUACAGAUGUUUGGAUAUGUAUGGAACUAAUGGCUUUAUGUUUUGAUAAACUUCUGAAACUUAUACAACAACCUAUGCCAGAAUGUGUUUUAGGCAAAUUAACAUUUGCUACAGUAACUGCUCUUAAUUACUUGAAAGAAACCCAUGGUAUUAUUCAUCGAGACGUUAAGCCAUCGAAUAUAUUAAUAGAUGCUUAUGGAAGAAUAAAACUUUGUGAUUUUGGUAUUAGUGGUGUACUGAUUGAAUCAAUGGCAAAGUCAAGAAAUGCCGGCUGUGCUGCUUACAUGUCACCAGAGCGUAUUGAGCCAUCGGAUCCAGCAAGACCUGAUUAUGAUAUAAGAGCUGAUAUUUGGAGCUUAGGAAUUACGCUUAUUGAGCUUGCAACAAAUGCUUAUCCAUAUUCAAAUUGUCGAUCUGAUUUUGAUGUUAUGUCACGUAUUGUAACUGAAGAUUCUCCUCAACUACCUGCUCAUCUUUUAUUUUCUGAUGAUUUCCGAUCUUUUGUUAAUAUGUGUUUAAUUAAAAACUAUAAGCAAAGACCUAAAUAUGUUGAAUUAAUGCUCCAACCAUUCUUUGUCCAAUCACGCGAACAACCAGUUGAUCUUGCUGGCUGGUAUAAAGAUGUAACAACAGCGGCGAUAAACAAGUCACGCCGGUGA